AUUUUACUAUAUGUUUAGGCUAUAAAGUUUAUUUUUCCAAAAAAGUAAUCAUAUCAAGAUGAAUAUCAACGAUGAAAGCCAAAAACGAACUCUCGCCACCUCAUUCCACACCGUAAACAAACAAUUGGCAAUAUUCUGCUUGGCGUUUCUCGAAUUUUUUUAUUCAAAACGCGCCAAAAUUUGUCUUUUCGGAAGAGAAAAUAAUUCUCGUUUGGUGUGAAAGCGAAACAGUUUAGUUAAGAACAUUCAAUUUUAAGUGUUUAGAUUUAAAUUACACCUUUUAAAUCGUAUAUGAACACUCAAUUUGACGCUAACCUAGAAUAAAGUAUUCCUUCACACGAUUUUUUUUUAUGUUCUACGUAAUUUUUAUAGAGAUAUUACACCAUAGUGUUUACAGCGUAUAAACAUUUUAACCUCACCUUGUAUCAUACAUAAUUGAACGAUUUCUAAUAGGCAAUUGGCCAAUUACUUUGCUAUGAGUUUUCUGUUAAAUCAUCUCCCCUUUCUGGACACUUAUCUCCGCAAUCUGACAUUAAUCGUGAAGGACAAGUGGGAAGUAUGUACGAUUUGGAUGUCAACAUUCAUGCCACAACCCUUAGCACAGAUAUAUUUUUCAAAAAAAUUGCCUAUACAGAAAAUGAAAGAAGUACACACAAUCGUUGAGGCUUAUAAAGAGACAGCUAAGGGAUUGAUAGAUCAGCAAAUGUGGCUGAAUGACAACAUGAAAAGAAAAUUGAAAAAAAAUUUAUCAAAUUUAGCCACAUCCCACUUAUUAUGGAUGAAAUAUUUAGCUGAUGGUACAUUUGAUGGACUUAUGGAAAAAUAUCUUCCUACUAACUCAAGUUUUCUAUGGAAUGUGUUAGAUUAUCAGAAACAACAAUUCAAUUUUUACUUGUUGAAAACUAUUCCUGAACCGGCAGGGAAUGUGGCCAAGAUAUUUCAAACAACUGCACAGCAUACUCGUGGCUUAGUAGAUCUAUUGUUUGGAAUAUUAGUUCCACCAGUUUAUGAUUCCCUGCGGCCCAGAUGGAUGAAUUAUGCUUCUUUAGGAUUUGUUGUAGCUCACGAAAUUGGCCACGAAUUAAUAUUUUAUUUCAAAACAAAUGAAAUCUCUGAUGAAGCUUUACAGAAGAUAAACUCAACAGCCACUUGCCUUAUUGGACAAUAUUCAAAUUUUACACAAAAAGAAAAUGAGAAAAAGGUUAAUGGUACGUUAACUUUCGAAGAAAAUCUUGCAGAUUUGAUUGCUAUUGAACUUAUUGAAAAGGCUGUUCACUUGUUAACGGAUGAAUUUUCACCAACUUGUGUGCCUGAAUUCCCUUACUCGACAAGACAAUUAUAUUACAUCUUAAUCACACAGCUCUGGUGUGAAACUGAAAUGGUAGAAAUGGAUCUUGAAGAUAAGCAUGCUGCUGCAAGAUUUAGGAUGACUGGAAUCAUGCAAAAUGCUGAAGAAUUUUCAGAAGCUUUCCAAUGUGAUGAUUUCAGCUUUAUGAAUCCAAAAGUGAAAUGCUCAUUUUUCAAAUAAAAUUGUUGAAAAGUGUA